CGCCUGGGCGGUGAAUAAGAUCGCUGAGGCGCCUCUCCAGGCGCUGAGACAGCUGAUCCCUGACACAUAAGGGUUAGUAGGGUGGAACCUGCUGAGCUCGGAGUCCACCGACUCACUGGGACCAGAACGGCGAACCUGCGGCGGCUGGUGACGCGCGCGUCCUGCCUCCUCCUCCCGCCUGUCCCCGGGGGGAGCGUGUUGGUGACGUCGGGGUUAUGAUGGCCGCCGGGAGGCCGGGAAGGUGAAGGGCACUUCCUCACAUGCCACUCCAAUACCUCAAAUUGGUGGAGUCAACACAAUCAGUAGCCAACCUCAACCUGAGACAGGACAGAGGAGAACUCAGAUUCUUUUCGUCUUUUUGACUCCAGCCAUGUCCAUGAUGGCCACCCUGUGAAGGUCUCUCACCAUCCAUAAACGCAAUGUCCCUGCUCUUCUCUCGAUGCAACUCCAUCAUCACAGUCAAGAAGGAUAAGAGACACAUGGCUGAAGUGAAUGCUUCCCCGCUCAAGCACUUUGUCACCGCCAAGAAGAAGAUCAAUGGCAUUUUUGAGCAGCUGGGGGCCUACAUCCAGGAGAGCGCUGCCUUCCUUGAAGACACCUACAGGAAUGCGGAACUGGACCCUGUUACGACAGAAGAACAGGUUCUGGACGUCAGAGGUUACCUGUCCAAAGUGAGGGGCAUCAGCGAGGUGCUCGCCCGGCGGCACAUGAAAGUGGCUUUUUUUGGCCGGACGAGCAACGGGAAGAGCACUGUGAUCAAUGCCAUGCUCUGGGACAAAGUGCUGCCCUCCGGGAUCGGCCACACCACCAACUGCUUCCUGCGGGUGGAGGGCACAGAUGGCCACGAGGCCUUCCUCCUCACGGAGGGCUCAGAGGAGAAGAGGAAUGUCAAGACUGUGAACCAGCUGGCCCACGCCCUUCACCAGGACGAGCAGCUGCAUGCCGGCAGCCUGGUGAGUGUGAUGUGGCCCAACUCCAAGUGUCCGCUUCUCAAGGAUGACCUUGUGCUAAUGGACAGCCCUGGCAUCGAUGUCACCACAGAGCUGGAUAGCUGGAUUGACAAGUUUUGCCUGGACGCUGAUGUGUUCGUGCUGGUGGCCAACUCAGAGUCCACCCUGAUGCAGACGGAAAAGCAGUUCUUCCACAAGGUGAGCGAGCGCUUGUCCCGCCCUAACAUCUUCAUCCUGAACAACCGCUGGGACGCGUCUGCCUCGGAGCCUGAGUACAUGGAGGAGGUACGGCGGCAGCACAUGGAGCGCUGUACCAGCUUCCUGGUGGACGAGCUGGCCGUGGUGGAUCGAGGCCAGGCUGGAGACCGCAUCUUCUUUGUGUCUGCCAAGGAGGUGCUCAACGCCAGGAUCCAGAAGGCCCAGGGCAUGCCCGAAGGAGGGGGCGCUCUUGCAGAAGGCUUUCAAGUGAGGAUGCUUGAGUUUCAGAAUUUUGAGAGGAGAUUUGAGGAGUGCAUCUCCCAGUCGGCUGUGAAGACCAAGUUUGAGCAGCACACGGUCCGGGCCAAGCAGAUCGCGGAGGCUGUUCGCCUCAUCAUGGACUCUCUGCACAUCGCUGCGCAGGAGCAGCGGGUUUACUGCCUGGAAAUGCGAGAAGAGCGGCAGGAGCGGCUGAAAUUUAUUGACAAGCAGCUGGAGCUCUUGGCGCAAGACUACAAACUGCGAAUUAAGCAGAUUACGGAGGAAGUUGAGAGGCAGGUGUCCACCGCGAUGGCUGAGGAGAUCCGGCGCCUCUCUGUGCUGGUGGACGAGUACCAGAUGGACUUCCACCCUUCCCCAGUGGUCCUCAAGGUUUAUAAGAAUGAACUGCACCGCCAUAUAGAGGAAGGACUGGGCCGAAAUAUGUCGGACCGCUGCUCCACGGCCAUCACCAGCUCCCUGCAGACCAUGCAGCAGGAGAUGAUAGACGGCUUGAAACCCCUCCUUCCUGUGUCUAUGCGGAGUCAGAUAGACUUGCUGGUCCCUCGGCAGUGCUUCUCCCUCAGCUACGACCUGAACUGUGACAAGCUGUGUGCCGAUUUUCAGGAGGACAUCGAGUUCCAUUUUUCUCUCGGGUGGACCAUGCUGGUGAAUAGGUUCCUGGGCCCCAAGAACAGCCGCCGGGCCUUGAUGGGCUACAACGACCAGGUGCAGCGGCCCAUGCCCCUGACCCCAGCCAACCCCAGCAUGCCCCCACUGCCCCAGGGCUCCCUCACCCAGGAGGAGCUCAUGGUUUCCAUGGUCACCGGCCUGGCCUCCCUGACCUCCAGGACCUCCAUGGGCAUUCUCGUUGUUGGAGGAGUGGUGUGGAAGGCUGUGGGCUGGCGACUCAUCGCCCUCUCCCUUGGCCUCUAUGGCCUCUUGUACGUCUACGAGCGUCUGACCUGGACCGCCAAGGCCAAGGAGAGGGCCUUCAAGCGCCAGUUUGUAGAGUACGCCAGCGAGAAGCUGCAGCUCAUCAUCAGCUAUACCGGCUCCAACUGCAGCCACCAAGUCCAGCAGGAACUGUCUGGGACCUUUGCUCAUCUGUGCCAGCAAGUUGAUGUCACCCGGGAGAACCUGGAGCAGGAAAUUGCCGCCAUGAACAAGAAAAUUGAGGUUCUUGAUUCGCUUCAGAGCAAAGCCAAACUGCUCAGGAAUAAAGCUGGUUGGUUGGACAGCGAACUCAACAUGUUCACGCACCAGUACCUGCAGCCCAGCAGAUAGUGGGCAGCCCGGAGCCGGCGCCUGCGCAGGGAGGGGCAGCGCUGCCAGCCGCGAGGGGCCUCCCGCCGGGGCCACGCGCAGCUCCCGUCCGUUGCCGCCACCGUGAGAAUGAAAGCACCCACUGUCUCCCACCGUUUUGAGCCCUGAGACGCUAGUUAUUUUCCGCCUCCUUUGCCUGCUGUUGCAGGAAGAUAUUCUGGCUCAUACCCCUAAAGGAGACUUUUUUUUUUUCAGUGAUGACUCUGGACAGCAUGAUACUGAGGAGUGAAGUCGAGUCUUUUCUCUGUUUGUCAGGCUCUGUUGAUUGAGAAUCAUCUGAUUGCUUGAUGAGGCCUUGGGAUCAGCCAGCAUUGCAGAAGGCCUGGUUGGGCCUUUAAGGAUAUCAGGCAGACACCCCCUCCUCCAGCCAACGCUAACACUGACCCACGCGCACCUGCCUACGGCGCACCCCAGCGCAUCCGCAGAGAAAGGCCACCUUAGGGGGUGGUUGCAUUUUCUUCCCGGAUUGCGCUGGGAACAGUUCCAGGAAGGCCAAGGCUGUCCCAGGAGGGUUGUGGCUUACGUGUCAGUUUGGUCCUUCGGCUUUCAUUCUUCGUCCCACCUGCAGAGCCUUCCAGACCAGCCUUUCAGUCUUGGUGGUGGGGCUGAGAGUGCAGAGGUAGCUGGAACGCUGAGUGGCGUAGGGGAGGGGGCGUGUGGAGGGUGUGUCCUAAUACCCCUGCUGUCACGGGUGGCCGGUGCCGUGAUGGGGAGAGACUUGCCUCCUUCUCCUCAUUCUGUCCCUUGUUCUGGUUUCGGUCCUUAGCCUAUUAUUCUGGUUUCUUAUUCAUGAAAGAUGGUUUGGUCCAGAUAGUUAAAGGAUGUAGUAGAAGGAAAGAUGGCGGAAGGAGGGAACCUUGGCGGCAGGCUGAGAGGAGUGGGCCCCUCCCAGGACAGCUAGAGAAUCUGGAGUUGAUGCAGAACAGGACCUUGCAUCUGACCUUGCUCUGUGAGGGGCUCGUGGGGUCUCAGAGCCCACUCUACUAGCUUGAUGUUCCAUAAGAGACAUGUUCCCACCCCUCACCCCGCCUCGGCCCAAGCUGCCCUUGGCCACCAGACCUCUGGAUGAAGUCUCCUGUGCCAGCGAUGCUGCACGUGGCCGAGAGACAGUGCGGGGAACCCAGCACCCAACCUCCCACCCUCCCUGAUCCCAGAGCCUCCAGCUGACACGUGGGGCCUCGUGUUGAUUUUGAGAAGUGUUUCCUGUUGUUGAGUUUGGGGAUUGUUACCGGUCAAAGUGGGGGCAGGUUCCUGUCUCCAAGGUGUUAACUGUCUGGGGCAAACAGCCUUCGGGUGACAGCCUUUGCAGGGCAGGUCAGAGAACUUCCUAGAAACCAGUGGCAUGUCUCUCCCAGAAAGAGGCUCAGGCAGAGAGGUGGGGCUUGUCCUGCUCUCUUGAAUCCACCCGCCCUCCGACUUUGGGGAAAUGACUUGGUGGCCUCUGCUCACUGGUGGGUGGCACGCAGGUGGCGUGCUGUCCAGGUGCCCGCUUGUCCUUCAAACCCUCAGUCUACCCUGGUGCGUGGAACAAAGUGAUGGACUUCGCCGAGGCCGCCAUGCGGCGGGAGGGCGCUCUGAGCUUUUUGCCAGCCUGGAUGGUGGUUACCUCCCAGUGUGUCUGGAGAAAUCAGUGUCACACAAUUCCAAUGAAUCUUGUGCUUUUGGGGGGGUGGUUAUUAUUUAGAAUAACUAAACAUGAAUUUUUUUUGAAUGUAGCCUCUGGGCAAUGAAUGAGAUUUUGAGCUUCUUAUACAAUAAGUAAAAUUGAAAUUACACCACUGAGGGCGAGACUCUGAAAGAACUGUGGCAAAAAGCACUUUAAUUUAAUGCUGCUGACUUUGUUCUCUGUUUUUAUGUUCAUUUGCUGGAGUGCAAGACGUGCUUGACAUGGUGGGUUUUUUCUCUGAUGUAUUUAAGGUGAUAUAUUUGCCUGAAUUAUUCCUGUAUCAUUGCUGAUAAUAUUGAACACUAAAAUAAAACCUAGUUGGAAACCA